AUGGAACAACCGAGGGUAGACAUCCCAGUAUUCAAAGUGAGAAAUGAGAAGACAAAGAAAGUGAAGACUCUGCACAGAAAUCAUUUAGUCCCUGUGAACUACAAGGAAGACCUAGAUGAAGAUGUGGCAGUGAAUGAAGUACCUGAAGAAACAUCAGCUCAGAAAGAGGAUGAUGUACAGGUAGAAGGACCAUCAGAUGGUAAGAGGGAUGAAGAAGUAAAAGUAGCGAAGGAUAAAGAAAAAGGUGUCGACACACGUGAAGAAUCGGAUUCCGAUGAAGAGUUGGGGUACUUUUAUGUAGCACCUACAUAUAAGAAUGGGGACGCCCGUUUACCUCAGAUAAAGAAGAGUGAAGAAACUGUUGAAGUUGUUGAAGAUGAUGGAAGAAAAAGCGCUACAGAUGAACAUAGAGUGGUAAUAGAAAUCAGGCCUGAUGUAGAAGAGAGUGGCGAAAUUCCACCUCAGCGAAGUGAUGUUGAAACAGUACAGGAUGGUCAAGAGCAGAAUACUGGGGAUGCAAGGCAAGAUAGCCAAGAAGAAAACAACGCUGAUUAUAGGCAAGUGGAAGUGCAAACAAUAGAAGCAAGAGUUGACACAGAUGUAAGACUUGAGACAAGAGAACAAGAUGUAAGCACUGUAGAGCCACAAGUAGAUCUGAGAGAAGAAACUCGUCGAAAAGUGGUUGAUGAUGAUAGACGACAUAGAAAUAGAGACAAAAUAGAAGAUAGACUGGAAGCGGUAGAUGUACGACCUACUGAGACUGAAGAGAACAGAGACGAUGAAGAUGCACCGAGAAGAUCAUCCAGACAAAGAAGAAUGCCUGCGAGAUAUGAUGCGUAUCAAAUGAACCAGAUGAUACCAAGACCACAGGAUUCGAGACUGCAAGCGUUGACGGAGUUAGUAGAGUCUGGAAUAUUGAACAACAUUGACACCAUGAUAGCACAGAAGAUACUGGAUUCAGUUUGGAAAUAA